GGUGGGGAGGGGAAAGCAAGACUGAAACAUUUGCUGGGAAGUUGGCGAGGAGGGAGAGAGAGAGACAGAGAAAUUCCACCGAGUGUUGAGGAGGGCAAGAGACGUCGAUAUAUUGCAGAGAGAGAGAGAGAGAGAGAGAGAGAGAGGAACUCUCAGUCACCGGCUCUCCGUCCUCAAUAGAAGAUCUCUCAUUUCGACCAGGACCGAGCUCCCUCGUCGCCCUCUCCUCGUCUUCUGCCUCUCUCAUCAUCUUUCCCUUCCCCCCCACCCUCCUUAUCCCCCUGGAAUCCUCCUCCCCCUCCCCACCCCUGCCCUCACCCACCCUUUCUCAACCUCCUCCCCUUCCACAUCCACACCCUUCUCACCCCCCUCUCUCCCUUCCUCCCCUCGGGUGCUGAGGGCUGACUCAAAAGGCGAAUUCCUCUGUCCCUGACCCUCCCCCACGACCUCCUGUGUCCGCUUUGAAUCCUCUCUGACCCCUGACUCCGUGCCCCCCAGCCCCUCUUCCCCCUUGCCUCCCCCGUCACCCACCCACCCCCUGACUCCUCUCCCAGACCCCCCUCGCAACCCCGGCCCCUCUCCUUAACCCCUCUCCCCUGUCCCCAUUCCUCGAUCACCUUCUCCCCUCUCUCUAACCCCUCUGUCUCCCCUUGACACCACCCCAACCCUCUCCCUGACCCCCCCUCCUUCAUUCCUUGACCCCACUCCCUGUGACCUCUCUCAUUGACCCCUCUCCCCUGCCCACUUUCCUUGACCCCUGACCCCCCUCUCUUGGUCUCUCUCCUCUCCCUUAAACUGUGAUCCCUCUUCCCUUGACCCUGCUCCUCUCCAUGACCCCCUUCUUGACCUCUCUCCCCUGAUCACACUUCCUUGACGUCUCUUGCCUGGACUUCUCUCCCCUUGACCCCUCUCCCCCUUGAACUCUCUCCUCUCUUGACCGCUCUCAUCUCCCCCUACUCCGUGACCCCUCUCGGCCCUCGACCCCUCUCCUUCUUUGACUGCUCUCCCCUUGACCCUUUCCCUCCUUAACCGCUCUCACCUUAACCUCUGACCUCUCUCUCCCCCUUGACGUUUCUCCCCUAGACCUCUCCCCUUUACCCCUCCCCCACCACGUGACCCCCCUCUCUCCCCCCCCACCACGUGCCCCCUCUCCCUCUGUGACGUCCCCCCCACCACGUGCCCCCCUCUCCCUCUGCGACGUCGCCCCCCCACCACGUGCCCCCCUCUCCCUCUGUGACGUCUCCUCCCACCACGUGCCCCCCCUCCCUCUGUGACGUCUCCCCCAGCCCCUGCCCCCCGAUGUGGGAGACCCCGUUGACGGACGGUGUCAAACGGCGGCUGCGGCUGCAGAGCCUGGACUUCACCGACCUGUGGGAGGACGGCGAGGGGGACGCGCUGCCGCCCGAGGGCCCGGACCCGGACCCGGACCCUGUCCCCCGGCUCCUCCCUCCCCCUCCUCCGCCUCCACCGGCCCCGGCCCGGCCCCAGGCUCCGCCGGGCACCGUCCGCCUCUUCUGGAGAGCCCUGCCGGGGGAGCCCCCGCCGCCGCUGCUGCCCCGGUGCAGCCGCUUCGGCCCGCGGACGCUGUGGGCCUCCCUGGAGCCGGUGGCCGUCGACGGGGACGCGCUCGGCCGCCUGUUCGCCGCCACCCACCACCAGCAGCGCCUAUGCUCCGGGAGGACGCAGGAGCUGACUGUUCUGGGUCUGAAGAGGAGCAACGCCAUCAACAUCGGCCUGACUGCCCUGCCAGCCCCUCACGUCAUCCGAGCUGCCCUGCUCAGCUUUGACCAGUGUGUCCUGGAUAAGGACGCCAUCGAGAGACUCCUGACGAUGGUCCCCACAGACGAAGAGCUGGUGAAAAUCCGGGAGGCAAAGCAGGCCAACACAGGCCUGAGGCUGGGCAGCGCAGAGCAGUUCUUGCUCACACUGGCCUCCGUCAGUGAGCUCCAGGCCAGGUUACACCUCUGGGCCUUCACCUCAGAGUAUGAGGCUCGGGAAAAGGACAUCGCCGUUCCUCUGUUUAACCUGAAGAUGGCCAUGGAGCAGCUGGCGUCCAACAAGACUUUCCAUUGUAUCUUAGCCACCCUCCUGGCGAUCGGCAACUUUCUCAAUGGUGCUAACGCCAAGGGCUUUGAGCUGAGCUACCUGGAGAAGGUGCCAGGGGUGAGGGAUACCGUCUCCAAGCAGCCCCUACUCCACCACGCCUGCUCCAUCAUCGUCCAGAACUUCCCCGACACCACCGACCUGUACUCGGAGAUCACCGCCGUCACACAGUCUGCCAAGGUUGACUUCUCCCAGCUCCAGGCUGACCUGACCCACCUCGAGGUGAGCUGCAAGGCAGCGUGGGAUCACGCGAAGGUCAUCGCCAAGCGAGACAGCGGCCCCGUCUUCAAGAGCAAGACCCCGGCCUUCCUCAAGGAGUGUGCACAGCGCAUCAUCAUCCUGAAAGCAGUCCACAGGCGCGUCAGGAACAGGUUCCAUUCCUUCCUCCUGUACUUCGGGUAUCCCAGCUCCAGCCUCCGCAACAUGGCCGCCGGCAAGUUCUUCCAGCUCAUCAGCGACUUUGCCCUGGAGUAUCACACGACCCGCGCCCAGAUCCUACAGCAGAGGGAGAGGCAGGAGAGACUACAGCGAGAGGAGGGCGAACGGUCUCCGUGCGUGGAUUCCCCCCUGGCCGUCUCCCCGGUGACCCGGACCAUGUGUCCCGAGGAGAGCCAACAGCACCAGCACAUGACGGAGAUCCUGAACACGCCCGAGAGGACACGCAAGAACGAUUCCAGCCUGACCAGGGCACGCAGCAAGAAGCCCGACAGGACGGGCGGUGCCCAGAAGGUCCCGCGGUGACCGAGGGGACAGGAGACAAAAGGAGAGCAGACUGUCAGAGUGAAGACCGCUCGACGGAGAGCUAGCAGGGGACUGGAUGGGUCGAAUGGCCUCCUUCUGUGCUGUAAUACGGCAGUGAGUGUCCAGAGCACAAUAAUAAGCACAGACCCAGUCUGCUGUUCCUUACAAA